AUGCGCUGGCUUCAGGCGAAACUCGUGGCAACUGCUGCCGUCUUGGCUUUGCAGUUUGCAGUUGCGACGCCGGUACCGCAGUCAGAGACCGAUUCCCUCGAGGACGUAGCUGACACCGCGCGCCUCCCGGGCUGCAAUUUGGCCGAGAUCUUGAAACUCGCAUCAUACCUCUCCAAGCAGGCCGAGGUCUUCUUUCCAGGCUCGGUUGAUUUUGUAAAGUACUCGACGAGGUGGUCGAAUUUGGAGACGCCCAUUGUCAACAUCACGGUUUUGCCAGCCACUGAGAACGACGUCGUCACCAUUGUUCGCGCCGCCAACAAGUGCAACAUCCCCUUCCUCGCCUACAAUGGCGUGCACGGAAGUAUCACAACACUGGGCCGCAUGGACUGGGGCAUUGCCAUCAACCUGGCCAAGCUGAGCGGCGUCACCAUCGCGGCCAACGGACAAACAGCCACCAUUGCCGGCGGCACCAACUCCAAGGUGGUCAUAGACACGCUAUGGGAGGCUGGCAAGCAGACCGUGACAGGCACCUGCGAGUGCGUCAGCUACAUGGGCCCCGCGCUCGGAGGCGGACACGGCUGGCUGCAGGGCCACUACGGCCUCAUCGCCGACCAGUUCGUGUCCAUGAAAGUUGUGCUUGCUGAUGGUAGCCUCAAAACCAUCUCCGCUAGCUCGAACUCGGACCUGUUCUGGGCCAUGAAGGGCGCGGGGCAUAACUUUGGCAUCGUCACCUCGGUGACUGUGAAAAUCUACCCCCGCACCCACGUCAACUGGGCCAUUGAGACGCUCAUGUUCACCGGCGACAAGGUGAAAGCCCUCUACCAGGCCGCCAAUGACCACCUCCUGCGUGCCCGCAACGGCAGCCAGCCGGUGGACAUCAUCAACUGGUCGUACUGGUUCAACCUCCCUCAGGUGGACCCGACCGGCCCCGUCAUCGAGUUCUACAUCAUCCAGGAAGGUGUCCCCGUCGUCGACCCCGUUUACACCCAGCCGUUCCGCGCCCUGGGGCCCAUCUCAGCCACCCCUGCCAACGGCACGUACCGCGACAUGGCCCGGUGGGUCAACAUCGCGCUGGACUCGCCUCCCUGCCAAAACGCCGGCAUGGCUAACCCCCGCUUCCCGAUUUACCUGCCGGAAUACAACGCAACGGCCCAGGAAGAGGUAUACGCCCUUUUCAAGGCAGCUACGAACGCUUCUUCGCCGUUUGCGAACUCGCUGUUUAUGUUUGAGGGGUACUCGAUGCAAGGGGUUGAUGCUGUUGAUGAAAACUCGGCGGCGUAUGCCUUCCGUGAGGAUAGGUUGCUGACGGCGCCUCUGGUGCAGUAUGCUCCUGCUGGCCCGGUGAGGGAUCAGCAGGCUAGGCAGUUGGGGAAUCAGUUGAGGGAGGUUCUGCGUAGGGGCAGUGGGAGGAGUCAGAUGCAUACGUAUGUGAAUUAUGCGUAUGGGGAUGAGAGCACUAAGGAGUGGUAUGGUUUUGAGCAGUGGAGGCAGGAUCGGCUGAGGGCGUUGAAGAAGAAGUAUGAUCCGAGGGGGAGGUUUAGUUUCUACGCGCCUGCUGCUUGA